GGGAUUUCGUCCUUACCAGAUACUUUCCGGCUGUCUUGGUUGAGAAGAGCGUUUGCCAACAGGUCUCAGGGACAGUUGUGUGCGGAUAUCAAUAAUGCAUAGAGUGGCAAGAGAUAUGGAGUCGGAGUGGAGAGAAUACAUGAAGUGAUAAAGGAGAGUCCUGGGAGAGAAGUCUCGGCAUAUAGUCUGGAUCCGGGAGUAAUAAAGCACGAAGUGAGCAGAACACAAACAUUAAAGCAGGAUGUGAGUGCACGUGAUAUCAUCUAAACAGACGCGAUUCAGAGUACGGAAAAGACUUAAAUAAAGAAGGAUAUGUAUGCAUGAAAUACGUGAAGAAACGAGAAAAAGUUAAACCAGAAAGGGUCGGAUUGAAAAAUACAGUUCGGGAUCCUCCAGUCUGUUAAGACUGUGUCCUCGAUCGAUAUGAAAAAUGCCUUCAGGCUCAGUCUUUGUACUUUUUCACAUGUGUAGAAACGGGGUCAGGUGAGGCACCAGGCUGGACAAGUUGACGGCUUCAGGGAAAUACGAGAAGGAAAAAAAUGAAAAGGAACACGAGAGACAGCUUUGGAGCGGUGACACGGCGCCGAGUGCUUCAUUAAACUUUUAAAAUCCUUAUAUUUUUUUUUAAACAGUUUGAUAUUUCUUUACUCAUAUUUAAUCUCGGUCUAAGAGGACACACUUUGAAAUUAUAUUUUACAUGAUAUUUAUGUUUUCUUUUCUAAAUGAUAGUCACAAGCUUCUGAUUCGCUUUGCAGUGCUUUUUUUACUUUUCGUCAUUAGCACAGUGUCUCAUUUACAUUUGGAAAGGUUGACGUUGAUCUUGGAGGAGGUCGCAGUUACUGGAUGCUAAACAAAUAUUGGCCUGCCAUUUUAAUGAGCUAAUGGGGAGUAAUCAACACCUGUUCUGCGACGUAGAUGGUUAUCAAUGAAAGUAUGAGAAAGGAACUGAGUUUGGGAAACUGUAUAUACUCUGAAGAACAUACCGAGAACGGCACAAUUCGACAGGCCAGUGCAGUAAAUGUUAACUUACUUCUGACUUGAGAAGAAAAUGUGGCUUCAGCAAAGACUCAAAGGUUUACCAGGUUUGCUGUCUAGUAGCUGGGCUAGGCGGUUACUUGCUGGACUACUCCUGUUGUUAAUCAUGUACUGGUAUCUAACUUCUGAUAGUAUCCUGCGUCUUUUAAGUAACACUUCAGUACCCCGAGGCGUAACAGGGGUAUGCUUACAAUCUGAGAUGCAAAGAUGGAAGGCCCUGGUGGACAGAGGUGAUGGAAUUAUAAUUGAACCACAAAGCAUUGUAUCUGGGCCAGCACUAGUUGGCAAUGGCUAUGUUAUGGUAGACAUUGAAACAAACAAGCUUUGGGUUUCUUCACAGACUGGUUCCAUCCCAGCUCACCAUACAGAUUACCCUCCACUGGUUGCUCUGAAGCUGGAUGGGGUACGGGCAGAAGCACGGACUUCAUUGCUUUGGUUUCAUAAAGGAUCAGUGCUGUCUGUACAAUGCUUACUCCCUGGUCAAUCCCAAGCAGCACGGAACUGUGUUACUCUCAGAGAAGAGUAUCUUGCUCAUCGCAGUCGUCCCCAUUUAUACAUCCAGAGGAUAUACAUCUCAAAUCCAACUGAAAAAGUUGUCAUCUUUGAUGUGUCUUCACUUUCACCUUCCUUUGGGGGCAAAUUUUCUUCCAGCAUAGAAAAAAUAGAAGACAAAGAGUUUAUUUUAUCGUCAGGUAGGGUAGUAACGGAGAAGAACCAGGUUAUGUUGGUAAUUAUCAUCUCAAAGAAGAUUGGCAACAAGCUGCAGGUUGCUGCUAAGUCUGAGUUUGCAGAAAAUGUGUUAUCGGUUGUCUUCACUUCUGAACCUAUCGACUCCUCCUCAAAGGUAGAAGAGGUGUUUAGCAGACUGAGGGACAGCGCCAAAAGAGAGAUGGCAGAGCUGUUGAGAAUGAGCAUGGAAGAUCUAUACCAGGAACACCAACAGGCCUGGAAUAAUCUUUUCCUAUCUGGCAUAGAAAUGAGAAAGAUUACAGAUUUUCACACACCUUCUGGUGUCACAGUAAACAAGACCCUUUAUUAUGUGCUGUCCUCAUCUCCUGCACCACUUCUGGAAAAGAAUCUGAGUCCUGAAGAUAAUGAAAGGCUUGAGUCCAGUUUGAACUAUGCUGACCACUGCUUCAGUGGGCAUGCCACUAUGCAUGCUGAGAACCUGUGGCCUGAACAACUGCAUAGUGCUGCCCACAUUCUUCAGCUUGUCACCCUCUGGAACCUCACAUUACAAAAGCGUGGUUGUAAGGCGCUAGUAACAGCUGGAGCCCAGGGGGUAAUGCAGGGAAUGGUCCUGAGCUUUGGAGGGCUACAGUUUACAGAGAACCAUCUACAGUUUCAGGCAGACCCUGAUGUGUUGCACAAUAGCUACUCAUUACAUGGUAUCCACUACAACAAGGACUUGAUAAACCUUGCUGUACUCCUGGAUGCCGAGGGAAAGCCCUUUCUGCACGUACUUGUCAAGUCUCAGGACACGCCAGUAAAGCUUUAUGCAUGUGAGGCAGGCUGCACUAAUGAACCAGUGGAGCUUACAUCUGAGAUCAAAGGCCACACAUUCCCAGUUUUGGUGACUCAGCCUAUCACCCCUCUGCUCUACAUUUCAACAGACUUGACCCACCUACAGGAUUUGAGACAUACUUUACACUUGAAGGCCAUACUUGCUCACGAAGAGCACAUGGCAAAGCAGUAUCCUGGAUUACCAUUUUUGUUUUGGUUCAGUGUGGCAUCUCUCAUAACUUUGUUCCACCUGUUUCUCUUCAAACUAAUCUACAAUGAGUACUGUGGACCUGGCGCUAAACCACUCUUCCGAAGCAAGGGUGACCCCAGUGUCUGAGAGAGGUUGCAAGCCCAUGGACUGCUGACUACUUAACAGAAGAUGUUCAAGUGCUUAAAGAAAUUGGAUUUAAAUGGAUCUGUCUUUUGGGAGUGGGGAUGAAAAUUGUUUUAUAUGGAGUUAUAAAUAUAUGCUUUGGUAUCUAGAAAAUAAUGAAAAGAAGCUAUUAAAAUGGAAAGAACAUCACAAUAUGGAAGCUGUGACCUAUGGUAUGAGUUGUUAGACCACAUUAAUUUAUUUCACAUAUUGUUUCUCGUAAUGUACAUAAUUCUGGAGCAUGUAAACCUGCUGUACACAAAUAAUUCUUCCAUAUGUACUGUAAAUGCAAAGCAGUGAUGUUAAAUGAUGGGAUAUGAAGCCAAGGCAUGUGGUUUUAAGUUGAACUCUUUAGCAUUUAAGCCACACUGCCCACGGCAUUUUAGUGAUUUUUGUGUGAUUUGCUGCAGUCUAGCAUUCAAAAUAAUAAAGCUUAAGGUAUUUACAAUUUCAUAUAUGCAGACCCACAUAAUUUGUUGCUGCAUUAAUCACAAACAUUUAAUUAAAGUUUUCUUUAAAAAUGUUUUGACCUUACUUACUGAAAGUUUGGCAGCCUGAAUGUACCCCAAAAUGAUGUAGCUGGUGUUAUAAAAGUUCUUUAGAUGCAUGGAUUUGUAGUCUUUUCUAGUCCUAGUACAUUUACUUUUAUGUUUCAAUGUUUAAAUUGCCUAUUACAAAUUGGAGAGCACCUGAAUUACACGUGAGAAAUGUCUGUCUUUUUUAAUGCUCUGUGAAGUAUUUUAAAAGUUAUUUUUCUAAAUUACCGGUAAUUAGGGUCUGACCCUUAUUUUUUCAAUCAGUACUUAGUAAUGUGCACUAUUGACAUUUAUACAUUAUGUGCAAAAUCCCAGCAAACAUCUAUUGUUUUUUGAUAAACACACACAUUAUACAAUUUCCUAUAAAACACAAGUCAAAUUUAAUAUCAGAACACCAGUUACUGGAUUUUUUAUGCCUUUGUGCAAAUAAAUGAAAAUAAUAAUUUAAAUCACUUAUUGUUAAUUAUAUUUAACAUUAAUUUCAUUAUCGAUGAAUUACUAGAACUUGGUAAUUGGUAAAUGUGUGCCUUAGGAUUAUUUUGUGUAAUAUUUGCACUAUAAAGUAAUAUGAAUGUUGGUAGUAAUAGGUGGUCUAAUUAAGGAUUCUGUAGUUAAGUUAUGAUUUUGAGUGUGCUCUUACAGUUGCAGUCUGAGAUUUUUCCUAGUAGACUAAUGUCAAAGCAGACUUUAAGGAGGUUUUAAUUAUUGUCACUUUGUGUGGAACUGUCAGGUAGAGUGUAGUAUUUUGGCUACUUUGGCUGCUGGUACAGUAUGAAGAAGUAUGUAUUAUCUUUAAUUGAUAGUGUAGCAGUUGAGGUGUGUAUCCACCUCUUGAACCCUCAGGUACCACUUCAAACACCAGGUGAAAGUACAAGACUCUUUUAUUUUGCACUCACGUGCACAAAGCACCCUCCACUCCACACUACUCAUAUAAUCAAUAAACUCACAAUACUACUCUCUCCUCCUCGCCCAGACACUUCGCCACCCUACCUCCCAGCUCAGCUCAGUGUACUGGGCUUUCCCAGAGUCUUUUAUACACCCUGAUCCGGAGGUGCUCCUGCCCAACAGUCCACAGUUCCUUAUUCCUUCCGGGUCAGGGUAAACAGUCUUUAUCUUCACUCCGGAAGCACGUCGUUUCUUCCUGUCCCGGGAUUAUGACGCACUUCCGGGUUAUAGGGCAUAUAGGAGUCCACGGGCCUCCCGACAGCGACUCCCAGUGGUCCCCAGGGUAUCCAGCAGGGCUGUGUACAAAAACUACAUAGUCCAUGAGGCCCUGCUGGAACUCGGGGCACGUCCAUGCUGUUGGGGGAGCUCCUAUCGGCGGCCUGGGGGUGAGGGCCGGAAUAGGAAGCCAGCAAUCCACCACAAUACAUAGUAACAUUUUUAAAAUAUGUUUAAAAAGAAGUGAUGCCUGAAAAUGUGCAUAUACUGCACUGAAACCUGCAAGUUGUGCCUUGGAAUUUAGAGAGAAGAUGAUCUCUCAGGAAAAUAUCUUUUAGGAUUUUGUUUUUCUUUUUUUUGGGGUGAUUGCUGUGUAGGGUAUGUAAUACAAGUGGUUUUUAACUGUCUAGUGUGUUAUGGACUGCUGAUUCUACAUUGUUCCUGUAUAUAAAAUACAUAUGAAUUUAUGCAUUUGUCUUGGGUUGGGUGCAGUUAUAGUUGUAAGAAAAAAUAAGAAUAUCAAUAGUGCCGCCUCUUCUCAUUGGGCGCUGAUGUGUUAAAUGUUUGCAUUACAAUAUAAAAUUUAAUACUACUGAAAUCUAGUCAUUGUAAUUUCUUUUUCAUCAGAUACAUUUCCAAAAUGAGAAUUUGUAAAUAAGAGAUAAAUGAAGUGAUACCUGUUAUCAGUAAAUUGGUACAAGAUUGCAUUACAACUGUAAAUGACUUAUGAAGUGAAAUUGUAUUUGUAUAGUGUGGCUAAUUCAUUUUUCUUGAAUGCUUCUCUUCAAAACCCACAAUUAAAAAUAAUUCAGUCCUA